UUUUGUCGUUUGACAACUGCCACUCGAUAUCUAUCGGAUCUCGCAGCCGACGGCCAUCUGUCACCCACAGCUAAACACUCGCAAAAGCUGACUGACAUGGACGUCCUGCCCGUUAAUAGUCAAAGUCAUCAAUUUUUGUUUUUUAUAAAAAUGCAUUCUCAAACGGCAGCUGUUCUCGUUGAUUUUGUUAUUUGUAUACCUUUUAAUGCAAGAAACUCAUACUUUAGUUUCACCGUCAGUGCGGCUGAUGUACUUAGCAAUCAGCUGUUUUGCCGACAAUUAUCUAUCGAUAGUCAACUGCCAACUUUUUAGCGGCGCUGUUUUGAAUUAAAAUUCGAAUUAUUAUUAUUGUGAAAAAUACACGCGGUUCCACAAGAAAUAUUGCUGUUUUUAUAUUGUCUCGACAGUAAAUACUACCGCCGUUAGCACGCCUCACAUAGGGGCAAUACAGCUGACACCUUUGGAGGACCAACCCCCGUCGAUCGAGCUGACCUCCUCCUCCCCCAUUUCAUUCAGUUUCCAGGUGGCAGGGCAGGCUCCGUCCCACCUGUCACAUUUCGCCGUUGGUGGUGAGUGUCUCGCGCUCGUGCUCGUUUUACCUGGAAAGUUCAGUUACUCAAACGCGGCGCAUGCAAGCGGCGGUCAGAGGUGCUAUCCUGCGAUUCUCGAUCCCAUCCGAACCUCCAGUUCCUCCAGGACGGCAUGAAGGUCCGCCAGGUGCCGGCGAGCACGACCACGGCAUCGUUCCGGGCGAAGCAGCGGGAUGUGGGCGGCAUCGGCAUGCCCUGCGAGCGGGAGCGGAAGCACGAGGCCGCAAAGCGGGAGCGGGAGGAGCAGCUUAAGCAGGAGCGGGUCACAGCGGCGGCGUCAGCGGCGGCACAGCGGGUGCGCCAGCAUAAUCGUAGGCUCAGCACCGAAGGCGAUUCCGCCAGGCGGAGAAUACCGCAGUCCAGGGAGCGACUCCAAGCAGGCGGACUGGGCAGACCAGGACCGGGCGGACCAUCAAAUAUAACUAGAGUCACGCGGGGAUCAUCAUUGCCGCCGGAGGUUGGAGCGCACGGAUCCCGCACAGGAAGGCCUAUCAGAAAGCACGUACCUAUUCCUCAGGAUCAGAUUGAGGAGCAGGAUGACUCCGAUGUCAGGGCGGAGCGGCUGAGGCAACAGCUCGAGGAACUGGCCGCGAUGUCGGAGGACGAGUUCGAGGUGAAGUUCCGGCAGUGGCUGGACCAGGAGGGGAUUGCCCGGGAGAUGCACUCUCACCUGCGGGUGGAGCUCAUUCACUGCUUCAAUAGCACGGCACUCGGCCAGCUUUUAAGCAAGGCUGCUGGUGCGCAGAUGGCUCACUCCCAUGCUCUGCUUCUCUCGCCACUGUCGAUGGUGCUGCACACUCUGGUGGCGGAGUUCCUGCACUCCCAGAACUGCCACUUCACACUGUCGGUCUUCUGCAGCGAGACCCCGCAUCGCAGCAAGCUGCCGGACUUCCGGAGUCGGCCGGAAUUCCGAUUCCAGACGGAGGAACUGCAGGAGGUCGUGGCCGCCAUCUUGGGAGAAAAAGAGGCGUUGGCGGAUCCGGAAUUUGGAAAGCUGGCGGAGGCGCACUACGAGGAGGAUCUGGCUGGACAAACGCAGUGCUUGCUGAUGGCUCUAAUGCGAACGCUGGUGGAGAUCAGGAGGACCGUGCCCGAGCAGGAGGUGGAACAUCCGGUCCCUGUCUCUCUGCAAGACACCGGCUGUCAAACGGAGCCCUCUGCCUGCGUAGAAGCUCGUCCCGAGGUGGACACCACUGGUCUGUACCAGGCGGAGGAGCACGAGCUGAUUCUGGGCGCAGAUGGCCGAAGUGUCUUUGUGGGCGGUCGUGUCUCGCAAUCUCUGCACUCCGUGGAGCAGCAGCUUAAUCAGUUGAUAAAGAACCUCCGCGAUUUGGCCAAGUCGUGUGCUCCGCCCGUUGAGGUGAUAUCCUCGGAAAAAUUCGAGGAUCUCCUAAUAAAAGAGCUGCGCGAAAGGGAGCGACUCUUGAAAGCUGGCCAAGCAUUUAAACCGGGCGAACCGGUCAUCAAAAUUGCCUCCGGGGACAAGGAAGAGGAGCAGGAGGUAACCAGUGGCAGGAACCAGAAAGAUGUGGUUCACUCCAACCUGGGACCCAUUCAAGUGCCAGCCCUGGAUGUUGCCAUUCCUCAGCUGCCCCGUCUCCACAGUGAACAACUGGCCAGCCUGGCCGUGAUCCGCCAGUCCCUCGAAAAGGUUCAGAAAAAGAGCCGUCAGCCACAGGGCCGGAUGUACGUCUCCAUGGAGCGAAUGGAGACCCUGAUGGGGGAUGUGUGCGGCUGUGUCCAACUACUUAGCAACGUUCUCAAUCUCUCCAUGGAGCAGGAGCACUCUGUGGGUAUGCACAAGGGCUUCAAAUUGGGCUACCGCGAGGGCUUUGCCCACGGCCACUUCAUGGGCCUGCAGGAGGGCCGGAAACUGGAGCAGUUGGAGCAGAAGAAGUGGCAAAAGGAAAUACCACUGCCCGAGAAGCGGGAAAACUCCGUGCAAACGGAGAGCACGAUACCCACUGCAAGUAGAGCCACCCAAACAUCGAUGAAGUCAGCUCACACGGAAAAUGUCAUCACUCAAACGGAGCAAAUGCAUCUAAGGGACGCUGGGAAUCAGGCUAGUUGCGAGCCGCCAAUCUUACAAAAGUCCUACGAGCAGUGGAUCCACGAGAUGCUGCACAGCUUCAGUGGCCAAGUGUUCCUCGAACGGGUGGAGCUCUCCCUGAACAAGGCGCUGGAGCUGCAAAAGGAGCGGCUAGACGAACUCUUCCAGGUGAAGUUGCGACACCAGGCCGAGAUGCUUCGUCUAAACAGACGGCAGAACUCCUGGCGGACCCUGUGCAAGCGUGUGGAGCGGGACUCGCAAUCGUCGGCGGAGGCGCGCGACCUCGUGCAGCAGAUCUUCCGGCUCCUGGAGCACUACGAGACACACCAUCAGCAGCUGGCGGAGAAGAUCCAGCAGACGGAGCUUGCGGCGGAGCAGGCGGCUCGCAUCAUGCCCAUGUGGGCGGAUGAAACUGGUGUUGGCUCCGCUUCUGGCAACUGGAACACGGCGAUGUCUACCACGCUCAUCUCCAGUGAGAUUUGCACUCCGCCUCUGGCUCAGCCUGCCGCUGAUGAAGCGCUUCUCGGUGAAAUCACUGGCAAGGAUGUUGUUAAGUCCCAUGUGGAACAGCACACGUAUCCUGACCUGGGAUACCCCUAUCAAUUGUUGACAUUGGCUCCGCCAGGUGGAGUUCCAGUUGCAGGCACCUUUGUGCCUGUGACUCGCCUUCCUGCCCACUUGCUUGGGGCUUCUGAACACCCUGUUCCUCUGGUCCCAGUUGCAAGGGUCUACAGUGAUCCUACGAAAACGUCGAGACAACCAGUUUUUCGGAGUAGCGCUCCUGCAGAAGAAACUGGCGGUGGUCAUCCCGUAGACGGCGACACCAAUGCUUUCACAUUCCAAGGAGGCCCCGUAUCCGGGAAUCUGUAUUCAACGGAAAAUAGAACCCAAGCUCCUGCUACUCCAAGACAACAGUUUCCUGUUCCUUUACAUGAUCCUGCUCCUCGGGACCAUUCACCACGUGCAUCACUGCUGCCGUCCGUUGAAACGGUACCUCCAGCAGGACCUCCUCAACCUUCUAUACCUCCGAAACCGCCAAUGCAUUCGGUGGCCACCAACACGAUAAAUCCACUGCCUCCAAAAGCGACGCCUUUCAAACCGUUAAAUAGACAACUUUCAGAAGGGCCGAGCUUUGAGGAGGCUCUACUAAGUGCCAAAAGCCGAAUGCUGCAGUUGGAACAGGAGAGCGACCUAUUGGAACAAAGUUUUCUCAGCUACCUGGAGAAGACCAAGCCGAAGACAUCCGCCCACAAGUCAUCAGAGGAUGCCACAAGGGCCCGGAGAAUCCGCUCCAGCUGCCAGCGGGAACGAGAGCAGAUGCAUCGCACUAUGGACGGUUUCCGGGAUUGGCAUCGACGCGUCCGCAAGGAGGACGCAGCUAGUGUGGCUCAACUGGAGGAGCUGCGCAACCAACAACUUUUACCCGGUCCCAUCUUGGACUCCAAGGGGUCGUCGCCGCUGUGGCUAUCGGAACUGGACGAGGGCCACGAAGACGACAGCUAUCCCUUUACGAAUGCCAUCACCGAAGCCAGGAACAAGGUGUUGGGCAGGAUAAUGCCAGUCAGAAAGGAGGAGCAGAAGGAGAAGCAAACCGUUAAGAAUUGGCUAGCAGAUCUGCCAUUGCAGAUUACUGAAGCAUCUCCGAAACAGGAUCGCCUUCUGACCAAUGUUAAGCCCGCUGUAACGCGGAGCAGCUGCAAUGGGGAGAUGAACGUGCUCCUAAAACGGGCCAAAGAUGCGCUCGGCCUGAGAACACCAAACCCACUUCUGGAUAGCAGCAGCAGCAGUUCCAGCAUGGAGCUGCCCUCCUUGGGGGCCGGCAGAUCGCCCAGCACAAAGUUCCAGCAAUCCAUGGCCAGGAUGCAGAUGCUCUUUGGCGGCGCAGAGGCAGUGAAACCUGCAGUGCCCACAAAAACAGGAAGACCUGUGAGUGCACCCACCGCAGCAUCGGAACCGGGGUUGUGUGCACAUUUGGAGCUCCCGAAACGCCCCCACACGGCGCCCACUCUUCACACAAUCAACGAAAAUGAACCAGCCGUUCAUCAUUUGGAUGUCUCCACUUCCAGUUCCUCGCAAAGCACUUUGCCCGGAAGAUCGUCGGGCGAAGCUUUCGAGGAUUUGGUCAUGAGCGCCGUGGCGGAUGGAGCCCGGGGGCGGAAUGCGGAAUCUAGCACGGAGGUUUCGUACAGCCAGGCGUUCUGGAAACGCAUAAACCUGUGAAACAAUCAAGGAAAGAACUAAUUAAUAUGUUCAAACUGAUAAAAUAUCUAAUUAGGUUCCAAAACUCCCUUUAUAGAGUCCGCCGCAUCUCCGUAAAUCGGAAUAGAUUUGUGUUUGUGGUUGUAUAUCUCUUAAUAAACAUUAAAGUGUAACAUUAGAAUUAAUGUACUUUUUUUUAACAUUAUCCGAAAUUAAUCGAUAUUAAACUGAGUCAUCAAAAUAGGUGCCAAUAGAUUUAAUCCAUCCUAAGACGUGCAAGAGGGCGAUCCUUAACCACAAUUUCAAGGUUGCGGUUUGUUGCGAAGAACAAAAUAUUAUUAAUACAAUUAAUAAAACGCAUUGUUUUUUGGCCAAAAUUGUGCGCAUU